AUGGACGCAUUCUACCAUCACAUCGUACCGUUAUUGCCAGUGAACAUUCAAGGAAUAGCAUACAAUCCACCCAACUUAUCAGAUCCAUCAUCCCUUAUCAAUGUCGUCAAAUUGUUAUUCCCUUAUACCAAAUACAUCAUUUUAUUCUCGGCGAUAUGGAUUGUAUGGUCGUUCCUAAGUGGAAUAUUCGGAAUGUUCUCAAGAGUUUUACGAUUCGGAAUGAAGAUUGGUCCUUUGAUUGGAUUGGUCGCUUGGUUGAUGAAUAGUUCAGGUCAAGGUAGCAUGGAUGAAUUGUUCGGUUUGAUCAAACAGUUCGUUGGUCUGCAAGGUAAUAAUUAUCAAGGAAAUCAAGGUUGGGCUCCCGGUAUAGCAAGUUUAGCUUCACUAUUCUCAGAAAAUCAAUCUUCAAGUUCCAAGAAUAAGAAAGCCAAAUCUAAAUAUCAGACAGAUCCAAUCUCCUCAAGAACCAGAAAUGGUAAAAAAGCUUCAUCAAAUUCAAAUUCAAAUUCAAAUGGUGAUUCACCAUCGGCAGGUGAUAUAUUUGAGAAUUUAGUUAAUUCAGCUACUGGAAAUACACCUGGAACAGAAAAUGAUUUAGGUAAUGUAGUUCAAGAUUUCGUUAAGAAUUCAAUCGUGAAAGCUGCUGGAUUGGAAUGGUUACUGGGUAGUGCUGAGAAGAAGCAAGAGGAGAAGAGUAAAGGUUGGAAGACUAGAUAA